UAGGUAUAACCAUCAAAGAUCCCCAUUUGGUGGUAAGGCUCUUUUUGAGGUACAAUUAUGAAAGAAUAAGUUAACUCACAUAUGUUGCAGCCUUUAUCCAGUACGUAUGUGUUGUUCCAAAAUUCAGUGGCACUGGCACGCGUUAGGACCAAAGGGCCAGAGGGACAAAGGGCCGCAGUUUGAGCUACAGUGUUGUGAACGGAGGACAUCUGAACUCAGUGGAUGCUGACUCCCCACAAUUCAUUUUAUUUCACUUUAUUCUGUGAUGAUCCUUCAUUUUGCACGCAACACGUCUACCCUUGUAAUCUCCCGGGCUUACACUUCUGACGCUCUGCUUCAGUAUCUCAAUCUCUCAGUCGCCCACCAAUGUUUCCAGCUAACCAAACAAUCCCACGCUCAGAUUCUCACUUUUGGCUUCAGUUCAAACCCCUUCUUAGCCACAAAACUCAUCACUGCUUACGCUUUGUGUGGUCACCCAACUCACUCAGAACUCGUUUUUAGCUUAUUUCAACUUAAAAAUGUGUAUAUAUACAACUCCUUAAUUAAUGGGUAUGGCAAAAAUCGUGCUUAUAAUGAAGCUUUUAAUUUGUAUAUUCAUAUGCGUUAUAGCAAUGUGUCCCCUGAUGAUUUUACCCUUCCAACACUUGCAAAAGUGAGUGGCGAGAUCAAGGACUUGAGUUUAGGGAAGUUGAUUCACGGUAUGAGUAUAAAAAUUGGGUUUGUUUUUGAUAUUGUUGUUGCGAAUUCUCUCAUGGCCAUGUACAAUAAAUGUGGAAAAUAUAGUGAAGUUACGAACAUGUUCGAUGAAAUGCCGCAAAGAAAUGUGAGUUCUUGGAAUGUGCUGAUUUCAGGGUAUGCUAAUUCAGGGGAUUAUAAUUUUGAUAAAGAUUUGUGGGAAAUUGUCAAGAGUAUGCAGGUCGAAGGAGUAAAAUUUGAUGCAUUUACUAUUUCAAGUCUUUUGCCUUUUUGUGGUCGUCAAGAUGAUAAUGCUAGGAGGGGGGAUUAUGGUAGGGAGCUUCACUGUUAUAUUGUGAGGAAUGAAUUGGAUAUAGUUUCAGAUAUGAAUUUUCAGUUGGAGUGUUGUUUAAUUGAUAUGUACUCAAGAACUAAAGAUGUUGUUCUAGGUAGGCGGGUAUUCGAUAGAAUGAAGCACAAAAAUGUUUAUGUUUGGACAGCAAUGAUCAGUGGAUAUGUGCAGAAUGGAGAUUUGGAUGAAGCACUGGUUCUUUUCCGUGAAAUGCAGGAGAAAGAUAGAAUAGAACCAAAUAGAGUGUCCCUUGUGAGUGUUCUUCCUUCUUGUAGCUCUCUUGUUGGUUUAAUCGGUGGAAAGCAAAUUCAUGGAUUUUCAAUUAGAAAGGAGCUCAGUCAUGAUGUGUCUUUGUGUAAUGCUUUAAUUGAUAUGUAUGCUAAGUGUGGGAGCUUGGAUUGUGCUAGGCAAAUUUUUGAGGAUAGUUCCUUUGAAAAAGAUUCAAUCUCCUGGAGUUCAAUGAUUUCAGGAUAUGGAUUGCACGGGAAGGGUAAGGAAGCUGUCCUUUUGUAUGAUGAGAUGCUUUCCCUCGGGAAAGAACCAGACAUGAUAACAAUAGUGGGGAUUCUGUCUGCUUGUGGCAGGUCAGGGUUGAUAGAUAAAGGGCUUGAUAUUUAUAACACAGCGAUAAAUGUAUAUGGCAUUAAGCCAACAGUUGAGAUAUGUGCUUGUGUUGUCGAUAUGUUAGGUCGAGCAGGCCAGCUUGAUAGAGCACUUGACUUCAUCAAAACAAUGCCUGUGGAAUCUGGUCCAAGUGUUUGGGGGGCUCUUGUUAGUGCUUCUAUAAUGCAUGGAAAUGUUGAGAUGCAGGAUUUGGCUUACAAAUUCCUUAUUCAGUUAGAACCAGAGAACCCCUCAAACUAUAUUUCACUAUCGAACUUGUAUGCUUCCACAAGAAGAUGGGAUGUUGUGGCUGAAGUGAGAGCAGUAAUGAAAGAUAAGGGUUUAAGGAAGGCACCUGGGUGCAGUUGGAUUAAUAUUAAUGGCAAGACCCAUUGUUUCUGUGUAGCCGAUAAAGCUCAUCCUUUUUCCAACUCCAUUUAUGAAAUGCUAGAUGACCUCAUUUUAAUAAUGAGAGGACCUUGUUAUUCUCUUGAUCUUGAAACAAUGACGUAAUUCUCAAGGUGCUGAGAAUUGAUUCAUUUUGUGGCUGUGCCUCAUGGAUCAGAUACAUCUCCUACGAAAAAGAUGCCAUCAACUUUCUCAUUCAACACACGUGCAAAGUUAUAUAUCCGAAUGUCAAAAGGGUUACAUGGCUGCUGCAGGUAAGCCAGAUUGGAUCUUAAGCUCUGUGGAAUGUUUAAAGAUCCUGGAAAAUGAUCUAUCAUUUGUGAGGAAGAAUAUAUGCCGAAUUUUUGUAGCAAUUAUCAGUUUAUAUUAGCCGAGCAAGAACAGGUUUUCUUGUACUGAAUUAGCCGCAGACAUGUAUAAAUUUCGGUAGUGUUCUGCCCCAGAACCUUAUAAAUACAAUUCAGUAA